UUGCAGGAGCGUGCUUUUUGGCGGGUGCAUCAGCCACCGCCCAGCAAAUCCAGUCGCUUUGAGGAACGUCCUGCGCGGAAUCUUUACACCAACCAGCGGUCAGGCCAUUGGCGUGCGGGACAAAACUCCGCUGCGCAGAAGCCACGAAUGGUUUCAAGCCCGCCAGACUCCUGUCUGUCGGCCACAAAUGGUGCCUCGACGGUGGCGGCUGCUGCCAGCCACUUGAAGGUGAACCUGCACAAAUCCAUCGAAAACCUCCUGAUGUUCACCUCAGCCCGCAGUUCCUACGACUGGUUUCUCACCGGCGCCGGCGGUGGCGCCUCUGAUACCGCGACACCCUGGUUGAUG